AUGCCACCACGCCUCGUCUUCGGCGCUGGGGGCAUCGGCUCCGGCAAAAUAUCACACACCUGGACCAAUGCUGAACAAACCUCCUCCCUCCUAACUACUCUCAACGAGCUACAGCUCACAGAGCUCGAUUCAGCAGGUGGAUACCCACCUGGUGCACCUUGGGUUACAGAAAGACUACUUGGCGAGACGAAAGCUGCCGAGAGGGGGUUUGUGAUUGACACAAAGAUUUUGCCGAGGGGCGAGAAGGGGAAGGGCUCGACGAGGGAUGGGAGUCUGACUGUGGAGGGGAUUAAGUGGAGUUUAGGAGAGAGUUUGAGGUUGUUGGGUGUUGAGAAGGUCAAUAUUUUGUAUGCGCAUGCACCGGAUACAGCUACACCUAUCGAAGAGACGGCCAAAGGAUUCGACAAACAAUUCCGUGCAGGGAAAUUCGAGAAGCUCGGCCUCUCAAACUACAGCACCGCCCAAAUGGCAGAAUACCUCUCCAUCUGCGACGCAAAAGGCUACAUCAAACCCAGCUACUACCAAGGCCACUACAACAUCCUCACUCGCCACAGUGAAGAAUCGCUCUUCCCCCUCCUCCGCGCACACAACAUCAAAAUCUACGCGUACGGUCCCCUAGCUGGCGGAUUUCUCACCGGAAAAGUCUCACUUCCUCCUCCCCCCAAUGCAGAGAAAACCAAAGAAGAGAUCUUGAAAGGAGGGAGAUUUGAACAGGGUAAUCUCCAGAUUUAUAAAGAUACAUUUGAUAAAGAGGCACUGCAUGAGUUGAUGAGGAAGUUUGUGAAGAGGUGUGAAGAGAAGGGGGUGAGUGCCACGGAGGUUAGUCUGAGGUGGGUUAUGUGGCAUGGGGUGCUUGGGGAGGGGGAUGGUGUUAUUCUUGGGGCCACGAAGGAGGAUCAAUUGAGGGGGAAUGUGGAGUCUUGUAGGAAAGGGAGACUGGAUGAUGAGGUGGUGGAGGCGUGUGAGGAGUUGUGGAGGGAGGGGAAGGGGCUGGUGAAUGCGGAGUGGUUUUGA